CCGCCGGAGGUCCUCUCGGAAAGGGGUUCGCGUCGGGGGUUCAUGACAGACUCCCAACAGGGUGCUGUAGCGCAUGAUAAGGAUCACUCACAGAACAUCAGAACGCCAUGGGCAAGCCCACAACCCGAGGAUACCCUGCAGCGCAUCUUUGGGUCGAGCAGGGUGUUCUACGAUCCAGAGGAGGAUAAGCCAAGGGCCACAGGAUAUACAGUGCCUCUCAAAGUCAUAGAGUACUACCGACGAGGCUAUAGGUGCCUGGAGCAGGAACAAUGGGAACAGGCGGUGUUGUUUUUCUCCCGGGCCCUCCACUUGGACCCCAAGAUGAUCGAAUUCUACGCCUUACGCGCUGAAGCCUUCAUCCAGGUCUGUGACUUUUCCUCGGCUGCCCAGAACCUGCGGAAGGCAUGCGUCCUCCAGCCAGAGAACACCAAGUACUUGGAGCGGCUCACCUUUGUGCUUUACCUGCAGGGUCAGUCUAUGUUUGAGCAAUGUGACUACCUGGAUGCCCUGAAUAUCUUCUUGCAUGCCUUUGAGCUCCAGCCCCAUAAAGCCUGCUUCCGUUACCGAUGCAUGGCCUGUCUCCUGGCCCUCAAGCGACAUCAGGACUGCCUGGCAAUCAUCAACAAGGAGGUGAAGCAAGGAACAAAUAAUGCUGACAUCUACCUCCUCCGGGCUAGACUCUACAACUUCUUCCAGAAGCCCAAACUCUGCUACCGAGACCUGCGCAGUGCCCUGCUAUUGGAACCCAAGCACGCUCAGGCCAGAGUGCUGCUCCAGAAGAUGGUGGACCAAGCCAAUCAGGCCCACAAAGAUGCUGGAAUCCUAGCUGUUCAGGGCAAGCUGCGGCACGCACUGCACCGUAUCAACUGUGCUAUCCAAAACAACCCUCUGGACCCCAGCUUCUUCCUCUUCCGAGGCACCAUGUACCGACGGCUCCAAGAGUUUGACGGGGCAGUGGAAGACUUCCUGAAGGCACUGGACAUGACAACAGACCCCCAGAGCGACUUGGUGCGGAAGACUCAGCGCCAGCUGCUGCUGGCCUACAACGACUUCGCAGUGCACUGCUACUCGAACGGCGCCUACCAUGAGGGUGUGAUGCUGCUCAACAAAGUGCUCCGGGAGGAGCAGAAGGAGAAGGGCCUGUACAUCAACCGCGGUGAUUGCUUCUUCCAGAUAGGCAACCUGGCCUUUGCGGAGGCGGACUACAAGGAGGCGCUGAUGCUGAACCCAAUGGAUGAGGGCGCCAACAUGCGCAUGGGCUUGCUGCAGGAGAGGAUGGGCUUCUGUGAGCAGAAGCGCAGGCAGUUCCAGAAGGCUGAGGACCACUUCUCAGUGGCCAUUCAACACAACCCCAAGAGGGCUCAGUACUACCUGUACCGGGCCAAGAGCCGACAGCUGCUGCAGGACAACUUUGGGGCCCGCCAGGAUAUCGCCACUUCACUGCUCCUGAACCCCAACCAACCAAAGCUGAUCUCGAUGAUGGCCAAUCUCUUCCCGGGAAUGACAGUGAAGGAGGUGCUGGCGACCAAGGUGGCCCACCUGGCCAAGCUGGAGCUGGAGCGGACAAUGGAAAGUGACGUGGCUUACAAUCCUACUGGCAUUUUGGGGCAGCUCAGGGUGCGGGAAAUGGAGCGCCAGAAGGCCCGGGACCUGCAGGUCUUGUGGAAUGUGACCAAGGCCAUCCCUGAGUCCCUGCAAGCAGAGCCAGAGCCAGAAGGCACAGGAGAGCUAACCAAGAAGCAAGAGGGGGAGCCCACCCUUCAGGAGACGUCCCCCUCGGAAAGCUACCUGGACCAGACCGUGUCAAGCUCCAUGCUCAGCACCAGGACCGUGGUCACCUCCGACACGGAGACAUCGGCCACCAGCCAGGAAUACAAGAGCACCUCCAGCACCGAGGUGCUGGAUUCCAUGUCAGAAUCUGACUCCUCGCUGCUGCAGAGUCAGUCCCUAGACUCCUUGCAAAGAAAGGAACACCCUGGAAAAACCAAGGUGUCCCAGGAUCUGAGCCAGAGCUCCAAGACCAAGGCUGUCCCCGGUCAAAGCCGAAGCUCCAGCAUAAUUGACAGCGUCCAGGGCCAAGACCAAGGCCAGAGUGCCAGCAAGACAGAGGCCACCCAGGGCCCAAAGAAGAGGCUCACCAAGCGCAAGGGUCAGGAGAGCCCAAGGCAAAGGCGCAGAGGGGCCAAGGCCACCCCUGGCCUGGGCUGGAGAGCCCCCAAGGCCACCGGCUCCCAGAAGCAAGGUGCCAGCAAGACCAGAGCUUCUAAUGAACGACGCUGGAGCCUCAGCAAUAGCAAGGGGAUCCAGAGCCAGAGGCCCAACAAGGCUGAAGCUGACCUGAAAACAGCCUCAUCUGCCAACCAGGUCCAUGCCAGCUGGGGUCCCAAAACCAAGACCACCCAGGCAGGGAGCUCGGGUACCAACAACGCUGAGGCUGGUCAAGCGGCAGCUACCAGCUGCUCUCUGAAGGGGACAUGCCACUAGCCUUUCUGGCA